CGAGGAGCGAGCGGCUCAGUGCGGGGAGAGCAGCCUCGGGGGCGGUGGGGGAGCGCUUCCAGGCAGCCGGAGACAAAGAGGAGGGAGGACAUGAGCCAAGGGCAAGGGAGAGAGCGGGGGAUCAGCUGAGUUAAGUCACGCAGGAAAAGCUCUUCCCCUCCGGCACGGCCCCGAAAAGCGCGGGGGCACGUUGUGUGUGUGUGUGUGUGCCCCCCCCCCCGAGCCCGCUUUGGGCGAGAAGACAAAGCAGCGAGCGGCCCCAUGGGGAAAGGGGGUGAGAAAGGAGGGGAGGCGGGGGAGGCGGAGGCGCAGAUCCGCUUCUACACCUGGGAGGAGAUCCAGAAGCACAACCUGAGGACGGACAAGUGGCUGGUGAUAGAGCGAAAGGUUUAUAAUGUCACCAAGUGGGCAAACAGACACCCGGGGGGUCAUCGAGUGAUCAGCCACUGCGCCGGCGAAGAUGCCACGGAUGCAUUCCAGGCCUUCCAUAUCAAUCCCACCUUGGUGCAAAAGUUUCUCAAGCCAUUACUUAUCGGAGAGCUUGCUCCAGGGGAACCUAGCCAGGACCGAGAUAAAAACUCCCAGCUGGUGGAGGAUUUCCGGACCCUGAGGAAGACAGCAGAGGACAUGAACUUGUUCAGAGCAAAUCCUUUGUUCUUCUCUCUUUACUUCGGCCAUAUUAUUGCAAUGGAAGUUUUGGCUUGGUUAAUGGUUUCAUACUUCGGUACUGGCUGGAUCACAACUCUCAUCCUCGCCUGCAUCCUUACAACUUCCCAGACCCAGGCAGGGUGGCUGCAACAUGAUUUUGGACACCUCUCUGUCUUUAAGAAGUCUUCCUGGAACCACAUCGUUCACAAGUUUAUCAUUGGACACCUGAAGGGUGCCUCUGCAAACUGGUGGAACCAUCGUCACUUCCAACACCAUGCCAAGCCCAAUAUAUUCGAGAAGGACCCAGAUGUGAACAUGCUGCAUAUUUUUGUCCUCGGAGAUACACAGCCUGUUGAGUACGGCAAGAAGAAGCUGAAGUACCUGCCUUACAACCACCAGCACGAGUACUUCUUCCUCAUCUUCCCGCCUCUGCUCAUCCCUGUGUAUUUCCAAAUCCAAAUCAUCUCGACCAUGAUCAGGCGCAGGUUCUGGGCGGACCUAGCCUGGGCCAUCAGCUACUACAUGCGCUACUUCAUCACAUACAUCCCAUUCUAUGGCGUUCUGGGAUCCCUGUCUCUCCUCACUUUUGUCAGGUUUCUGGAGAGUCACUGGUUUGUGUGGGUCACCCAGAUGAAUCACAUUCCAAUGGAAAUUGAUUGUGAGAAGCACAGAGACUGGCUUAGCUCUCAGGUGGCAGCCACUUGCAAUAUCGAGCAGUCCUUUUUCAAUGACUGGUUCACCGGGCACCUGAAUUUUCAAAUCGAGCACCACCUGUUUCCAACAAUGCCACGGCACAAUUUCUGGAAGGUGAAACCUUUGGUGAAGUCAUUGUGUGCCAAGUAUGGAGUCCAAUAUGAAGAGAAGCCUCUUGGAAAAGCAUUUGUAGACAUCAUUGGGUCCCUAAAGAAAUCUGGAGAUCUAUGGCUGGAUGCUUACCUCCAUAAGUGAAUAUGAGUCUUAACGGGGAGGUUCAAUGUUUUUUGUAGACUCAGUGAGAGAAUGGACUCCCUGUCAACCAGGCGUUACAUUCAAAGCCUUCUCUAGUCGCCGAACAAGUCCUGGAUUACAGCUUUGCUCUGAACCAAGAUGCCUUUCCUAGCACCCCAGGGAGACAAGCUGUCCAUCAGCGUGCUGCAGAAUUAGACAGCAUGCGUACCCAGUUCCAAACGUCUGGUGAGAAGCAGAAAGCCCAAGACCAAAACCCAAAACAAACCAGCACCCCAAAUUAACUUCUGUUGCACUUCUUGAUCAGAAUUAGCCAGUCAGUUUGGGAGGAAAGGGUUUUUUUUUUUAGCCUGGGGUUAACUGUGAUCAACCAAAAGAUAAGGGUAUCCAGUCCUCAAGAUGCUAACACAAUAUCCUGCUACGACUACACCUAGUGCUGAUCCUGAGACAAAGACAUUAUUCUUAGACUGUAUCUGUGCUUGGGGACUCUACCCAAGUCAGCGAGCUGUGUUAUAAAUAAAGGUGCUAUCCAACUCCCAUGGAGAUUGCUUGGUUGCAAAUAUGAGCUUCACUGGUGUGAAUGAUGACUGUUUUCUUAAAUACCCUGGGGUUUUGUAACAGUGAGAAGCAUUCUCACAUGGAAGCACCACCCUUGCUUGAAGCGUCAUUCUUAGCACAGUUAGACAACUAUGCAACUUAUUGGCCAGGUGCUGACUUUGUAUAUGUGAAUGAGAAGAUUAAUUGCAGUAAUUGCUUGUAAUUGCACACAUCCUAGUUGAAAUGGGUGUGGUUGGUUUGUUUGAUUAAUUUCAUUGACUUCACUUACCUUGCACUCAGAUCUGCACCCCGUUUCAUUAAGCAGUGACCCGUUUUAUAUAAAACAUAGGAACCAUA